UUAUAUCAUAUGUCAAAACAGAAAAGUCAAAAUAUUGCUCGAAAUCGUUAAAGUGCUUUUUGUUUUUGGGUAAUAAUUAUUACAAUAAUGGCAAAUUUUUGUUUAAAGGACAGUGAUAAAUACUACCUCUCGCUUUCCGAACAACCUAAAAGAUUUGACGCUGAUAGUCCUGUGACCAACGUAUUUUUUGACGACACAAAUGGAGAGGUUUUUACUGUCAGAUCGGGCGGUGUAACAGGUGUCACAGUAAAUGGUAUGGAUGAAACAAAAAGCACUUCAUUCAGAAUGCAAGACAAAGGACCGAUUAUCUCUAUAAAAUUUUCACCCGACCACAAAAUACUUGCGAUACAGAGAAAUAUUGAAGGACACAAUGCAACCGUGGAAUUUGUGAAUUUUAAAGAUCUCGCUCCAACAAAUGUUGAGUAUUACCACACAUGUAAAUGGAAAAAUUCAAAGAUAUUAGGCUUUGUGUGGCCGAAAGUGAAUGAAAUAGCCUUCAUAACUGAUCAUGGAGUAGAGCUGCUACAGGUCUUACCAGACAAAAAGCAGUUAAAGACUAUAAAGGCUACAUCAUUUAGUUGUGCCUGGUUUUCGUGGUGUUCUCAAAGUAACAUUAUCCUGCUAGCUGGCAACAAUGGGGCAUUGUUACAACCAUUCUCCUUGAAUAACUCUACGAUCAACAAAUUGCAGAAAAUAGAAAUGGAGUGGUCGCGGCCAAUAGUGGAGCGCGAUGUUUUUAUUCUGCGUCUGUGCGGCGCGGCGUGGUGCGCGCUGUUUCGACACAGCGGGGGACCCACCGAGGUUUGGCUCAUACCUAUAUCUGGUGGGGGGGCAACACAACAUGUCCUGAAAACUGGUCUAGUUGGACGUUUUGCUGUCAGCGUGAUUGACCAGCUACUUGUUAUACAUCAUCAGUCAAGUCAAACAUCGCAGAUAUUUGACAUAAUGGACGAGUCGAAGACAGAAAAUAACACAGUUAUUCACGUUCCUGUGGUACAAGGGAUUUCUAUGAAGCCUGCCGUUGUCGACGAUCAGCCCUGUCCUAUGUACUCAGGCAACUGGGUUGUGUUUCAACCGAAUUACAUAAUAGACGCGCGUCUUGGCUGCCUCUGGAGAGUCAAUCUCAUACCUUCUGGUCUCGCACACUCAGUGCCAAAGGACGAAAUACCCAAAAUAGUAGCCGUGUUGUUAAGACGCAAGGAUGGAAAAGAUACCAUUUAUAUGAUCCUAAAUCAGCUUGUGACAGAAGCUGGAACAUAUCUAGUAGAACUGACUAAGGCGUUUGAUGAAAUCAACUCCGUCUACAGGAAAUGGGCAGAUUUAGAGGUGGCACGUAACACUGCGGGCCAGGCGGGCGUCUCGCGCGCGCCCGCGCACUUCCCCGUGCUCGUGUCGCAGGCCGACGUGUGCGCGCGCGUGCUGCAGGCGCACGCGGACGACGAGCGCCUGGUGCAGGUAGUUACAGCCUACCUCGCCUCUCUCUCCCGUCACGACAUGGUGGUCCAACACCCGGUAGCGGAACUCUGUGUACGAACUCUAGUAACCCGAGGCGCUGGGGGCAGACUGAGGUCAUUGGUGCGCAGAGGUUGCCUGGGGGAUGCCAGGCCACUGGCGUGCCAGCUGUUGAGCUUAGGACACAUAGACCCGGCCGCAGCUCAAAUAGCCUUGGAUAUGAUGUGGAGGCUGAAAGCAUAUGGGGAAGUAGUAGAGGUCCUGCUUAGUUGGAACGAACCAAUCAGCGCUGUUGGAGUGGCGAAGCAAACUGGGGGGAUAUGGCUCAACAUUCCCCCUCGCAAGCUCCUUGCAGCGGCUAAACACUAUGCAGAGGAUAAAAACGAACCCACUGCCUUCAUGGCGGUAUACCACGCUCUAGUAGCCAGGAAUGAACGAUUAAGAGGCAGUCCACACUUUUUAAAAGGCGACCAAUGUGAUGUCUACGUGGAAUAUUAUAAACAGCUGACGUCCGAAACUUAACCUUUAACUCAAGUUUUAACUUUCGGUAUUGAUAAGGUGAUAAAAGAUUUAUAAUUACAUUUUGGACUGGAUUCAUAUCUCAUUAUUAUUGUAAA